AUGUCAUCCUUAGUGCAGGGGCCAUGCUUAUCUUCUCUACCCACAGCUUCGAACCUCGAAAACAAUCCAGUAAAGGAAAAAAAAAAUUGGUGCUUCUCUUUGAUUGAGCGUGUCAUCCUUAGUGCAGGGGCCAUGCUAAUCUUCUCUGUAUAUUUUCUUUUGACCAUAUGCCCCGAAGGGCGAAAGGCUGAUCCUUAA